AAAUGGUGUCAGUUAUAUUAUAAAUAUGAAAUAAGUGUCAGUUUAUAUCAUCACGAAAGCGGAACCUCGAUUAUGUGCAAAGAACUCAUCAAAGUUUUUACGCUAUAAUAUGCGGGCUAAACAAACUUUUUCCACGGCGCCAGUAUUCAUCAAGCAGUCAAGAGAAAAGUCAUGACAUUACAAGACAUUAUUAAGUUUCUUCUUUGUAUCAUUUUAUUUCAUCAAUUUGAAUCAUUUGCGAAAGAAAAUUUUCCCAAUGGAAUAAAAAAGGAAAUAGCUUCAGUAAGAGCAGAUCGGGCUUUUCUGGAUUUCUUACUGGGAAGAGCUAAUUUAUGCGGAGUUUGUUUAUGUGGACGCUCCAAUAAAUAUGGUGCAAGGUUUUUGGGCGGUGAAUAUACAGAAUCACACGAAUUUCCCUGGCUUGCAAAUAUUCUAAUUAAAUCAAACAUUCUCAUCAGUGGAGUUUUGAUUAAUAAUCACUAUGUUUUAACCGCAGCCAGUCCGCUUAUUGAUUCUACACCACCGGAAGUAAAAGUCUCUUUAGGAGAAUAUGAUCGAUGCAACUUGGAUAUUUCAUCAAUAAAUAUAAGUGUUGAACACAUAUACAUACAUCCGCAAUUUAAUCUUGAGUCAAAAGCUCAUGAUUUGGCUUUAAUUCGAUUUAGUCGUUCUAUUAAAUUUGAGAAGAGAAUCUCUCCUGUUUGCCUACCAAAUGCAGCAUCAACGUACACGAAUCAGGUUGGAACAGUGAGUGGAUGGACUGUAAGUACAACAUUGGAGGAAUCGAAUAAUCGAACUUGUAGACCCCGGAAAAUGGGUCUUCCGAUAAUGGGAAACAAUGAAUGCAUAAAAUCUGGAAUUAAUUUUACAAGGUUUCAUGAUGAUUCGGGUUGUAUUGGAAUAGUUGGAGGAAAUUCAAUAAUCUGCAAUAAUGACGCCGGAACUUCUGUGCUUUAUAAAUCUUAUUUCCAGACUUAUGAUAUUAUUGGUAUUUUUUCUGAUGUGAAUGAAUGCAAUGGUGCACCGAGAGCAGGAGUUUACACAAGAAUAGGCCCGCAUCUGGAUUGGAUUUUGCAACAAACGAAAGAUGCAUGUUAUUGUUUAAGAUAAUACAAUUACAAUUUUUAUAAACAAUUUUCAUUAUUUUAAUAAUUAAAUUGGGGUUUAACAUAAUUUAUAAACAAAAACAUUUUCUGUAUCAAA